AUGUCACCAGCGUCAUCACCCACCGGCUCAACCGAGUCCCGGCCGAGCCCCGAAGCCCCGACAACCACCGGAACCGCAAUCCCUGCGCCGGCCACCUCUCAGACCAAACCACCCCUGGAUACCCUCAUCAGCGCACAUGACUUCGAGGCCGUGGCCUCAACCACCUUCUCCCCCAAAGCCUGGGCCUUCGUCUCGUCGGCCGCCACCGACCUUCACACCAAGCGUCGCAACGCCGAGGCCUACGCCUCCAUCACUCUGCGCCCCCGCGUCCUUCGCCAGGUCGCCACGGUCGACACGAGCACGACCAUGCUCUCGCACGCCGCCCGUCUGCCCCUCUUCGCGCCGCCGACGGCCAUGGCCAAGCUCGUCCACCCCGACGGGGAGAAGGCCCUCGGCCGCGCCCUCAAGGCCUCGGGCAUGCCCCAGACCGUUUCCGUCAGCGCCAGCUUCUCCCUCGCCGACAUACUCGCCGCCCACGCCACCCACGACGUCGCCACGCCCUACGACGUGCCCGUCUUCUUCCAGCUCUACGUCGACAAGAACCGCGCCAACUCGGAGCGCCUCCUGCGCGACGCUCAGGCUCGCGGCGUCAAGGCCCUCGUCCUGACCGUCGACGCGCCCCUGCCCGGCAAGCGCGAGGCAGACGAGCGCACCUGGAUGGACGCCGUGCGCGCCGCCGAGCACGGCGUCGAGGCCAUCAUUGUCUCCAACCACGGCGGCCGCAGCCUCGACACGAGCCCCGCCACCAUCCUGGUCCUGCUCGAGUUGCAGAAGAACUGCCCCGACGUCUUUGACAAGAUGGAGGUCUACGUCGACGGCGGCGUCACGCGCGGCACCGACAUUUUCAAGGCUCUCUGCCUGGGCGCCAGGGCCGUCGCCGUCGGCAGGGGACUGCUCUACGCCCUCAACUAUGGCACCGAGGGCGUCGAGCGGUAUAUUGAUAUCCUGCGCGAUGAGCUCGAGACGACGAUGAAGAUGUGUGGGGUGACCAGCCUGGACCAGGUCCACCCCGGUUUCCUCAACACCGCGGCCGUUGAUCACCUUAUUCCUGGAAAGGAAGAGCACCCCUAUGCGAAUUGGAGACCCAGCCAGAGGAGCCGUCUCUAG